UGAAACCCCACCCAAUGAGGAAGAACAACCCUUUUCCACUAGUUACCACAGCCACAAAGUCAAAAUGGUAUUUUUCGAAAAAAUUAAUGAAACCAAAAAUGUGCUUUUUGGUGUUAAUUUUAGUUUAGGCAUACGGUUAGCAUGUGGUUAAGGUUAUGGUUAAGGUUAGGCUUAAAAUAACACGUUAAGAACAUAAAUUGUAUAAAUGGGCAGGGUUUACAACUUUGUGGCUGUAGUAACCAGUGACGACCCUUGUCAGGCAGGAAAAGACAAACAGGGAGGAAGGAGGUGUAGUAAACAAGGCAGAUACCUACAACUUACUUAAAAAAUAGCAGUGCCAAUACUUGCGCACAAAACAGUUUGUUUGGUGAAUAUUCACGAUAGGCACGUUAUUCCACCGUUAGUAAUACAUCCUGUACCCUGUGUUGUCACUGUAAGCUAGAUAGUUAGCUAGACAAACUUGUCGCUAGCAGGCUAACAGGCUCCAGUUCCAGUAGCAGUGCCAUCACAACGCGCCCAGGAUGAUCGCAUUGAUCAACAAGCUCCUUGACUGGUUCAAAGCACUGUUUUGGAAGGAAGAGAUGGAGUUAACAUUGGUGGGACUCCAGUAUUCGGGAAAGACAACUUUCGUUAACGUGAUCGCGUCGGGUCAGUUCAGCGAAGACAUGAUUCCCACAGUGGGCUUCAACAUGAGGAAGAUCACCAAGGGAAAUGUCACCAUCAAGCUGUGGGAUAUCGGCGGUCAGCCUCGAUUCAGGAGCAUGUGGGAGCGAUACUGCAGAGGAGUCAGUGCCAUUGUGUACAUGGUUGAUGCAGCUGACCCAGAGAAGACUGAGGCGUCUAAAAAUGAACUACACAACUUAUUGGACAAGCCCCAGCUCCAGGGUAUUCCUGUUCUUGUCUUGGGGAAUAAGAGGGAUCUUCCUGGGGCGCUUGAUGAGAAGGAGCUGAUUGAGAGAAUGAACCUCUCGGCCAUCCAAGACAGAGAGAUCUGCUGUUACUCCAUCUCCUGCAAGGAGAAGGACAACAUCGAUAUCACGCUACAGUGGCUGAUCCAGCACUCCAGAACCAAGCGGAGCACUUCAUGAGAACCUCAUCUCAAUACACAGGCCUUCACCUGUCCCAAUUACCCUGCCCUCUGUCCUCCCCAGCCUGUCCAUACUCCUUUUUCUUUGGAUGACCCUCUCUUGCCAAUUACCCCCCCCCCACGCCUGAUUCCACUCUCCUGAAGGGAGCCUGGAAACCUUUUCUUUGCAGUGUUCAUUUUCUUUUUGUAAUAUAACACUUCUUGUGACCUAUGACCUCUGAUGGACAAAGUGGUACUUGGCGUCCCUGAUGUUCAUAUGUCAUACUUCACCAUCUCUGUUGAUAUCGAGGUUUAUAUUCAACUGAUCCAGAGACAGGGCAGAGUACUGUACAGUACAUAACCUCUGUUCCCAAUAGGUAGAGAAGACUGGAGUCUGAACACUGCAUCACUUAGCAGCUUCAAAGUCAACUUUACCACACUGAUAUCACAUUUCAAACAGUAUUUAUGUCUUAGACCAGUGGUUCCCAACCUUUCUCUGUUAAUGUGCCAUCAACUAAAUUUUUCUCUGCCCAGAGUACCCCUGAAGUACCCCAUGUAUAUUUUACCAGAAAGCCUAUGUUUUCAUGGAUCUUCAAGUACCCCCUGUGGGUAGGCCAGGCACCCCCUGUGGGUAGGCCAGGCACCCCCUGUGGGUAGGCCAGGCACCCCCUGUGGGUAGGCCAGGUACCCCCUGUGGGUAGUGUCCCUGGUUGGGAACCACUGUCUUUGACCAUAGUCCUAUUACUUCCCAACGACAGUGGUACUGUGUGUAAUGAUACUCUAUGUACUGUUUUGAAGAGGGAGUGUUACAACAUUUGAUUGAAAUACUUGUGCAAACUCCCAAGUCUCUCCAUUUCUCUUUUCUUUAUAAGGCUAAUGGGAGGUGUUGUUAAAGAUGUCCUUGAUGUAAUCUCUAUUGUGAUUAUAUAUACAUUUGCAUUAUGUCAUCUUCUCUGUCUGUUGCUUGUCCUGACACACGUUUGGUAGUUUAGAAACAGCAGGAAGAUUUUCUUACAACUAAGCAACAUGGACCAUUUUAAUUUGCAUUAGCCAUGUCAAUGGGCAAGCAAUAUCUGCAACACCUGGUUUACAAACAAAAUAUCAAUGUUUAGAUUUAUGCAUCCUUCUUUUCCCAUUUCCUGUCAUUGAUUUAUAUCAUUAUGCAAUAGCUCCUUUCCACCCAGUAAUGCCCAGCUACUAUUUGACCAGUUUUCAUGUCAUUACAGGAGCAUGAAUAACCCAUUUAGAAAUUGAACAUCUGUGAUGAAGUCCCCCAGAUAAAUUGAGAUUAUACAGGUGUCAGCCAAUAUAAUCUAGGUGUUGGAAAUGUCAUAUUAACUAACGAUGAAGGAUUCUGUCUAAUUUUUUAUUUAACUUCCAUGUCUAUGAUAUAUUACCUCCGACAUGGCCAACGUAACCAUUGACAACCGCAACAACAUCUCUGCUUUUUUGUUUGCAUGCUGGGGCAUAAGUAUUUGUGGAAUCUUUGAGAAUUAACUUUUUUUUAUUUUUAUGGCAAAUAUAGUAAAUACUAUAUCUGCUUUAAAACCUGUUUGUACAUUUAUUGUUAUUAAGUUGAUGAUUGUGUUUUUAAUAGGAUAUGCUUAUGUAUGAUAACUAAAAACAUUGGUGAAAACCACUUUAUACAUGGUCUGCAGAAUUCAUGUGAUUGUUGCCACACAGUGCUCACAGUGGCUGUAGAUUGUUAAUGAUGGUUGGUGCUUUUCAUGUGGUGUCAUGUGUAUGUUUUGUCUGGCUGUUUUCAUGUAUAUGAAAGAAUCAAUGUGGGAGAAGACGUAGUGUUUUGGUUGUUCUCUAAUUAAAGGAUCCAUGCCACGGCACUCGUCACAA